UUUUUGGUCGAUUUGGAUUAGGACAGAUUAACACACAAUCCUUGAUAUUUCUCCUCAGCUCUUCCUAUUCACUGGAUACAAGUCAUUUAGUUUCAGAUCUGCCUUUGAACACUCAAGCAGAAACCCUGAGACCUAUCGAGGUCAAUCAUGUGAGGACGGAUUUGCACCUUUAAGGGCUCUGUGCCAGAUCUCCCACACAAGGCGGUCCACUGGAAUGCACUUCCACUCAUGCACAUAACGUCUGUUGACAACAUACCUGACCUCCCGCAGGAGCACUGGUGCUUUCUUCCCUUUAUAUCCCUGAGAACGGGCUAAGAGGAGAUAACAUGAAGCCUAAAUCUCUCCCAUCACGGUUGUUUAACAGAAACUCAGCUGCAGCAUCAGGUGAGGCUCUGAGCGUAGGAGCCGCACGCAAGUACCAGCGACAUGUGGACUGCGCGGAGGACUCUUCCUCCACAGACAGCGAGUCGGUGGCAGACAACAGCAGACAACACGAGCGGUGCCACAGAGAAAUACACUUUGCUUUUCUGCCGGAGAGGUACGAGCCGUUGACGGAUGAUGAAGCGAGGGAAGCCAAGAAGAAGAGAAAGAAGGAAAAGUACAAAAAAGUCAAGAAGAACGUUGGCAAAGCACUGCGCUCCACCUGGAAAUGUAUGAUGCUUGGUCUCUACAACUUUGCUCUGGGUUACUCCACCCCGAUCACAGUGGCUGCUACUUUUGUCCCUGACUUUCACCGAGGGAGAAGCUGAGCUGAUGCACCUGGAUCUCCUCCAGUUUUAUUUUUGUAUCUCUACAAGCUAUUGUGUAUAUAACAGCAAUGUCCCCGAGCAAAGACUUUUGAUGUUGUUAAUAUUUGUGUACUUGAAAUUGUAUUUGAAGUUUUAAUCAAAGAAUAUUACAUUUUAUGAAGUUAUUUCUUGUGAUAUAUUAAAAGGUGGCAGUACUAUUUUUGGUACUGAAAAACCUGUUGUUGGUCAUGAUAUCUGGUAAAGUACAGCUAAACUUUUUAACCAUAUCUGUAUAAAAAAAAAGGUUUUUGAGUUCAUAGAUUUUCUCUCUGCAUAGACCUAAUGCUCUUUAUAUACCCUGAUUAAAAAAUGUGCCGUCCCAUUCCGGGGAACGCGAUAUCUCAAGAAGAUCAGUGUCUAACAAAUUAGGUUUAUCAAUCGUUAGAUAAGUAGCAAUAACAGCUAGCGGUAUUGACAGUAAUAGUAUAUAUGUGAGCGGACAUAUUGUAUAUCUAGACAGUCUAGUUUAAGCAUAAUCCACGAUAGCUGCCACCGUUAUCCACAAUGUGGCCACAGCAGUGACGAGGCACAAGAAACAAGUCAAGUCAUUCAAAUAUAUUGAUGAGACAUUAAAUUGAUUUGUGAUACAUGCGUUUUGCACCUUCCUAUGUAAGUGCAUUUGGAAUUUUUAGAACGUGCCCUUAAAGGGAUGGUUAACAGACAAAUGAUCCAAAGGGAAUAUCUCUUUUCUCCAUCUGCUGUGAAUUGCUGCGAUAUGAACAACAGACUAACAAGAGGAGACAUUUUUUUCAUUGGUAUUAUUACCAUAAGCACAAGCUGAAGCUUUAAAUUGAAAUGAUAUUCACAAAUCAUCUCACAGGCUGCAGUUAUAUCACCUUUUAUAUUGCAUUCAUGUAUCUGAAUGUCACAAAUAACACAUUAAAGAUUGUGGAUGUGUAAUAAAGUAUUUUGGCCUUGUGUGGAUCCCAGAAACUCAACAA